CACAGAGCUUGUGAGUCACUGCGCUCCCCUGGGUUAGGAGUGGGGCUUCGCCAGCUGCCUGGGAUCCACAUUUCAUCUCCAGCUUCAGCGACUCACCCAGGAAUACUGGCCCCCUCCGGAGGCUGGAUCAGCUGCCUUUCCAUUUAGUGGAUAUGAUUCCUGCCCUGUAGUUGUCUGAAGGAUCAAUAUUGUGCAUCAUUAGUGACCCUCAGCUUCCACCUGACUGUACACCACAACAAAGUCUUUGGAAAUAUUUUUCAGUUAAAACAGUAAUGACUUUUUUUGGAGCCUGUUUUCUAUGUAGCCUGGAAGAAUACCUAACUAACAUUGGCAAUUCUUCAAAUACUUUAUAAAAUAAUCACUCUAUAUCAAAGAACUGAGUGACUGGGUUGUUGAAGGGGACCUUAACAAUUGAGGAUAUCAAUUCACCUGGAAGAUUCAACCACUGCUAUUCAGAGCUGCUGCUGAAAUACCAUGUCUAAGAACUCAGAGUUCAUCAAUCUCUCAUUUUUAUUAGAUCAUGAGAAGGAAAUGAUCUUAGGAGUUUUAAAGAGAGAUGAAUAUUUGAAGAAAGUGGAGGAAGAGAGAAUAAGGAAGCUGAAAAACGAACUCUUAGAAGCAAAACAUAGAAGUGGGAAGAUUCAACAAGAGACCAGCAGAGUCUGUGUUUACUGUCAGAGAAACCUGGGCUUAAUAUUUGACCGGGGAAACCCAUGCCAGGCCUGCUCACUGAGGGUGUGCAGUGAGUGUCGGGUCUCAGACCUUGAUGGCAGCUGGAAGUGCACUGUCUGUGCCAAAGUCGCGCAGCUGAGGAUUAUAACUGGUGAAUGGUUUUUUGAAGAAAAGGCAAAACGUUUCAAGCAAGUCAAUGUUCUAGGCACUGAUGUUCUCCGGCAGUCCAUCUUAAGAAGAAAUCCAGCGAAAGAAAUACAAAGCCAAGAGAAAAACCACCAGGAUGCAGAAAAGUCAAACGCUUCACCUUCUACAGGGCAGAAGGCCAGCCAUGAUGAGUCCAAGAAAAAAGGAUUUCUUCUUAGCAAGUUCAGAUCAGCAACCAGAGGAGAAAUCAUCAUAACUCCAAAAACUGAAAGUGGGCAGAGCUACAACAUGGACUUAGAUAGCCGAAAUUUUCAGCAUUUGAAAUCAGCCCCCAGUUCAGACAGAAGAAGCACUGGUUCAUCAGAUCUCAAUGACAAGGAAGUUGGUCCUGGGACCCUGAGGAGCAGCCAGAGCAGUGGUAUGACCCCAGUCACUCACAGGUCACCAGCCCCAAGCCCAUGCAGCAUGAUCCCAGUCAUCAGUAGAGAACAUGGUUUUGAAAAUUCUUUGGAUUUGGCUGCCAUUGAAGGCACCUCAGAGGACUUCACAAAGAAUCAUUGCACAAACACUUCUGGCACACCUGCCAUAGCAGUGUCCAGGGCCUCCCUCUCCUCAGACCAGAGUCAAUCUGAGUUAGAUUUGAGUGGAUCAUUUAAAGAAGACUUAAAAGAUACUGUAAAUUUAAGAAGCAAGUAUGUCCCUGGGGCUUUAGACAAAGAUUUGGACUCCUCAGAAGAAACUGAAGAAAGUAUUGAUGAUGUAGUGUCCUCCAGGUUUUCUGCAAACACCUACAGCCUAGCAAGUGGCCUGUCAAGAAAUUCUCAAGCCGGCUCUGACAAGAAAUGGACCUACCUAAAUGUGCCUGAUGUUGACUCAGACACUGCCAGCCUUAAUAGCAUGCUGAGUGUUUACAGUGAAACAGGAGACUAUGGCAACGUGAAGGUCAGUGGUGAAAUCCUUCUCCACAUCAGCUACUGCUACAAAACUGGCGGGCUCCAUAUUUUUGUCAAGAAUUGCAAAAAUCUGGCUAUAGGAGAUGAAAAGAAACAGAGGACAGAUGCUUAUGUCAAGUCAUACCUUCUUCCUGACAAGUCUAGAAAUAAUAAGCGCAAGACUAAAAUCAGAACUGGCAUCAAUCCGGAAUUCAAUGAAACACUAAAAUAUACUAUCAGCCAUACCCAACUGGAAACAAGAACACUGCAGCUCUCAGUCUGGCAUUAUGAUCGAUUUGGACAUAACAGCUUCCUUGGGGAGGUGGAGAUUCCUUUUGACUCAUGGAACUUUGAAAAUUCAAGUGAUGAGUGGUUUGUACUUCAGCCCAAGAUGGAAUUAUCUACUGAUAUUGGCCUUCAAUACAAAGGAGAGCUGACAGUUGUUCUACGAUAUAUUCCCCCAGAUGAAUACCUGAUGUUCCCACCAGGACAACUUCAAGCUCACACAGGAAAGAAGACCUUUAAAAGGGGAAAGAAGAAACCACCUGUACUCUCUGGAGGAAUACUAGAAGUGCUCAUCAAAGAGGCAAAGAAUUUGACAGUGGUGAAGUCAGGAGGCACUUCAGAUAGCUUUGUGAAGGGCUACCUGCUCCCUGAUGAUAGAAAAGUCACCAAGCACAAAACUCUGGUAAUAAAAAGGAGUGUUAACCCUCAGUGGAAUCAUACUUUCAUGUUUUGUGGCCUGCAUCCCCAGGAUAUAAAGAAUGUUUGCCUAGAACUUACCAUCUGGGACAAGGAGGCCUUUUCUAGCAACAUCUUUCUGGGAGGAGUUCGUUUGAAUUCUGGAAGUGGUGUGAGCCAUGGGAAGACUGUGGAUUGGAUGGACUCACAGGGGGAAGAACAACACCUUUGGCAGAAGAUGGCCGACAAUCCUGGGACUCCUGUAGAGGGUAUACUCAUGCUUCGUUCCAGCAUGGGGAAGCGUCAGCUCUGAAGGUACCAUUCUCCAAAAUGAGACAUCCUGAGACUGUUUGGCUGUCAUUUUCUACCAGUAGCAGGCUUGGGUCCUGAACUUAUUCUUCCCUGGCAUUUCUCACUUGAGGGCAUUAGGACAUGAGGGGAGAGAUGUCAGAGUGAUGAACAUGUAGGGUCUUGCUGAAAGUCUAAAAAAGCAUGUACCAUUAUAUGUCUGUGGCCCAUGGACAUCUUGAUUGGAUGAUAGAAAGUGUACCACAUUGUUCUGUCAACAAGCAAAUUGUGUAAUGACUAUAGGGUUUACACCAUAAGGGAAAUGGUUGGUGCAAGCUUAUUUGACACUAUAGUUCUCUUGGGAAUCCCAGACUUUUUCUAGUUAUUAGUUACUUUAGGUUUCCUCAAAUGGUUUGAGGAAAAAUGGGGCUACUCAGAAUGUAGAUCACUUGAAGAGUAAGAAGAAGGAAUACUGAGUACCCUUUCCUCAUCCUGGGAAUCCCCAUGAUUCAAAGAAGGUGUGUGGGGAUGGUUGCUGAGGCCAGGGAGUUGCCCUGUUAUUUUAGCAAUUAUGUGGCUCACCCAGGUAAGUUUUCAAGUUUUUCUGUCGUGACUAUAUAAUUUAUAAUCUAAAUAAACCCACCUUUGAUAGUGAAGGAAGCUAAAUUAAUAUACCAGAAUGACAGAUAAACCAAGAUUGACCUGGGGAAAUUUGGAUAUAGGGUCACCCUAGUUAUGACCUACCUACAGAGUUCUGUUGCAAACAUAUAUUUUAUAAAAGGUUCUAAGCCAUUAUCUGAAAGGGAAUAAGAAAUAAUGUAUACUGUGAGCAAUGUUUUCAUCAUGUCUAUUGAUACUCCAUUGGUCAAAGGAAGUCACAUGGCCCAGCCCAAAAUCAAGAGGCAGGGAAAUACAUUCUGCUCAUAAUGAAACCUUGGGGAGAGUGAGGAUGCAGGAAGGAAUGAAGAAUUAUGGCCAAUAGUUCAAUCUACCAUACUUUCUGUCACCUGGAAUUCCAGAUGCUUAACCAACCAAACUUAGAUACAAAGGUUGUUAAAGCUGAAAGGUGCCUCAGACCUGAUUCCACAUUUUGCAGAUUCCAAGUCUGAACCCAGAAAACUGAAAUGACGUGCCCACAAUCAUAUAGAAGCUGUGACUCCUGUAGAGGAUUAGGACUUAAAUCCAGCAUGUAACUCCUAGGCCAGUGUUCUUUCCACUGAAGUCCUUGGCAUCAUCCUAUGCUUAUCAUGGUGGACAGGAACAUAUAGAUGAAGGAAAGUGGAGCAAAUUCUGAUUAUUUACCUAUAAACAUACUCCACCUAGUCUUUUUCUGGAGUCAUAUUUUAGCCCCUCAGCUUAUUUUUUCAUUUGAAUUCAUAUAAAAUCCCUAAGAAGAUAGUAACUGAUUUUUAGUAAUAGGGAAACUAG